GCUGGGUGGAAGUGGUUUGUACUAGGGGGCCAAGGUGACAUGGAGCUGUCAGGCCUGGAAACAUUGUGUGGGGGCUCCAGCCUGGCCUUCACCAGCCUCUUCUAUUACCUGUACCGGAGGCAGCGAGCGGCUGUCUGCCGUAUUCAGGCAGCUCCCAGGCUACAGGUGAGUGCUGACCUGCGGAGAUUGAUGGAAACAACACGGGAAAUGAGUUAUGUGGCAUUGGAAGGAAGGGUGGAGGCAGUUGGUAACGCUAUCAGUAGUGAGAACCAUCCCCAUCUACAGGCUGUAAUUCAGAAGCACCAAAUGGUAGAGCAUCGCUUGUUUUGGAACAGCCUGACAAGUAGCUGGAGUGAAUAUGUUCGGGUAAUUUACGAGCGUGUGAAGGAAAUUCCCUUCCAGUUGUGUCCUCUGGAGGGUGAUGAGGUCUCUGUGCUAGUUUGUGAUCCGCAGAAUGCAUCUGGUCUGACUUUGCAGAUUGUCCAUGAGAAAUUUAAUGCUGCCUCUUUGAACCUAAGUGAGUUACUAGGGCACUACUUCAGCGGGGAAAAGCCUACAGGCUUGCUGGAAACAGAGGAGAUUCUGCCUGUGGGAACCAUACUAACUGGGGUAGGGAAACUGACAUUGAAUCAUAAAGGGGAAAUGACAUUGGAACCUCCUGAAAAUGGUUCUACAUACUUUUUAUCCCUUUCUGGAUAUGAGGACAUACUGCAUCAACAAGAGUCACUAGCUAAAAUUUGGCGGGGUGCAGCUUUGUUCUUUGGAGCUUUGGGGGCUGUUGUGGUAUGCAUUGCCAUGUAUCGAGCCUAUCAGAGAUAUAAAGAGAAACACAAAAGACAAGACCACCUAGAUGAGCAGCGUAGUCAGACUCCGGACUUUGAUGAGGAGCCAGCGGAUCCUGAAAGAUUGUGUGUGAUCUGCAUUUCUAGAACGCGAGAAUGUGUGAUCUUGCCUUGUGGGCAUGUAUGCUGCUGCUUUUUUUGUUACCAGGCUCUUCCUAACCAGAUGUGUCCUAUCUGCAGAUGUUCUAUAGAAAGAGUUGUUCCUCUUUUCCAGGUAUAAAUACU